AUGAAUAAAUUAGAAAUAUUAAAUAGUCCUAGAUUAACUACUUAAACAGAACAUGUUAAAAGAUCAUUCUUUAAUAAGGAUCUAAAAAAUGAUAAGAAUUUAGAAUCUUCUCUAUAUCAUCAAAGAACUUAAAAAAAUGAUGGUACAUGUAGUCCAUCUAAUCAAUAAAAUGAAACAAUGUUAGAAUAAAUUAGAAGAUUAAAAGAUAAGAUUAAAUUAUAAUAGAAAGAAAUAGAAAGAUUAUCAUGCAUUAAUGAAUAUUUAAUAUAAGCAAAUCAAACAAAACUAAAUAUUUUAUAAUCAGAAAGAUAAUUUCAUUCUAAAAAAAUUACAAUAAAAUUAGGUCAUAAUAAGACACUUAGUGAAAAGAAGAAUUAUUUAAGUAAAUUUUUAGAUGAUACAUCAUAAUAAAGUCCUAGUGUUAAAAGAAGAAUCUAUAGAAAUCCAACUUUAGCACGAUUACAUUUAGAAUAAGAAAGUGAAUAAUAAAAGAAUGAAAAAUAGACUUAAAAAGCAUCUACAUUUUAUGAUACAUUAUAAUAAGAAGAUUGUUUUAGAACUAAUGCAAUUUUAAAUAUAUAAUUAUCUGAUGAAGAUGCUAUGUAAUAAUAUAAAUAAGAUGGAACUGUAUCAUUAAUGAGAGAAUUAUUAGAUAAUGAAGAUUCAUUUGGAGAUAUCAUAUAAAAUAUGUCUGCAUAGAAAUUAUCAUUUCUUUAUGAUAAAUUUAAAAGAAUAAUGUCUGAUCAUAAUCAAUUAUUUAUUUUAGUAUUGAGAUUAAAAAAAAUUGUUAUGGGUGCUCUAUAAAUGAAUUCAUCAAUUUUAUUAGAUGAUGCUUUAUAAACUAUAAUAAAUAAAUGUGUAGAUUGUUUAGAAUGUGAUAGGGCAUCAUGUUUUAUAGUAGAUGAAAGUAAAAAAGAAUUGUGGACUAGAGUAGCUAAAGGAACAUCAACUACAAUACGUUUAUAAAUAGGACAAGGAAUUGCUGGUUUUGUAGCAUAAUCAAAAAGUAUAUUAAAUAUAGAAGAUGCUUAUAGAGAUUAAAGAUUUAAUUCAUAAUAAGAUAUUAANCAUAUUUAUUAAUAUUUAAUAAUGAAUAAAUUAGAAAUAUUAAAUAGUCCUAGAUUAACUACUUAAACAGAACAUGUUAAAAGAUCAUUCUUUAAUAAGGAUCUAAAAAAUGAUAAGAAUUUAGAAUCUUCUCUAUAUCAUCAAAGAACUUAAAAAAAUGAUGGUACAUGUAGUCCAUCUAAUCAAUAAAAUGAAACAAUGUUAGAAUAAAUUAGAAGAUUAAAAGAUAAGAUUAAAUUAUAAUAGAAAGAAAUAGAAAGAUUAUCAUGCAUUAAUGAAUAUUUAAUAUAAGCAAAUCAAACAAAACUAAAUAUUUUAUAAUCAGAAAGAUAAUUUCAUUCUAAAAAAAUUACAAUAAAAUUAGGUCAUAAUAAGACACUUAGUGAAAAGAAGAAUUAUUUAAGUAAAUUUUUAGAUGAUACAUCAUAAUAAAGUCCUAGUGUUAAAAGAAGAAUCUAUAGAAAUCCAACUUUAGCACGAUUACAUUUAGAAUAAGAAAGUGAAUAAUAAAAGAAUGAAAAAUAGACUUAAAAAGCAUCUACAUUUUAUGAUACAUUAUAAUAAGAAGAUUGUUUUAGAACUAAUGCAAUUUUAAAUAUAUAAUUAUCUGAUGAAGAUGCUAUGUAAUAAUAUAAAUAAGAUGGAACUGUAUCAUUAAUGAGAGAAUUAUUAGAUAAUGAAGAUUCAUUUGGAGAUAUCAUAUAAAAUAUGUCUGCAUAGAAAUUAUCAUUUCUUUAUGAUAAAUUUAAAAGAAUAAUGUCUGAUCAUAAUCAAUUAUUUAUUUUAGUAUUGAGAUUAAAAAAAAUUGUUAUGGGUGCUCUAUAAAUGAAUUCAUCAAUUUUAUUAGAUGAUGCUUUAUAAACUAUAAUAAAUAAAUGUGUAGAUUGUUUAGAAUGUGAUAGGGCAUCAUGUUUUAUAGUAGAUGAAAGUAAAAAAGAAUUGUGGACUAGAGUAGCUAAAGGAACAUCAACUACAAUACGUUUAUAAAUAGGACAAGGAAUUGCUGGUUUUGUAGCAUAAUCAAAAAGUAUAUUAAAUAUAGAAGAUGCUUAUAGAGAUUAAAGAUUUAAUUCAUAAUAAGAUAUUAAAAAUAAUUAUAAGACAAAAACAUUAUUAGUUUGUCCAAUUAUGGAAAAUGAUAAAUGUGUUGGAGUAUUAUAAUGUGUUAAUAAAUAAAGUGGUUAUUUUACAAAAGAUGAUGAAGCAUUAUUAUAAAUAAUGUGUGAAUUUUCAAGAUCAGUACUUAAAAAUGCUAUGAAUCAUGAUGCUUAAAUGUUAAUUUAAAAUAAAUUAAGACAUCUUAUUAAAACAGGAGUAUUAUUAUAAUCUAAAUAAUAUGAACUUCAUCAAUUUAUAUAAUAAGCAGAAGAAAGAUUAAGAUCACUUAUGAAUGUAGAUUUUGCUAAAAUUGUUUAUAAUGAUAUUUAAAUUAAAUAAGUUAUUCAUAUUAAUAGAGAAGGUAAAUUAGAUGAAUGUGAUAAUUCAUUAGGUAUAAUGGGUAAUUGUAUAUAAAGUUAAUCAAUUAUUGCAAUAAGUAAUUGUUAUAUUAAUCCUCUUUUCAAUCCUAAUAUUGAUAUAGAAACAAGUAUGCCAAUUAUUUGUAUGCCUCUAAAAUAUAGUAAUUAGAUUAUUGGAGCAUUAUAAGUUGUCAAUGUUAAAGGCAUAGGAGGUAGUGAUUCUAAAGUUAACUCAAUAGAUUUAGAAAUGUUAGAAUUAUUUUGUCUUUAAACUUCUUAAUGUUUAAUAUAAAUGAAAAGCAAUAAAAAUUGA